CCACAAUGUGCCGAUAUCUGAAAACACCAUUAAAGUGAACAUAUCUAUGGCAUAUCCAAACUUUGAAAAUUGUCCCUUGCUAUAUCCUAAUGAAGCCGCUGAUAUGAAUGUUGUAGCAGAUGCUGUAGGUUCUUUUGUUCAGUGGCCAGCGCAGUUAGUUUUUUUUUAGGGAGAGGAACCACCAUCUAAGCCAAAAAAGAAGGAUGUUGCAAAAAAGAAACUGCCUUUUAUCCCGAGGGACUCACCAAAAGUAAUGGUUGAACCCAGCUCAUGUGCAUUGGUCAGUGAGGCUGUUCUUCAUUCACUUACUGAUGAUCUUUUAAGAUUGCAUGAGAAUCUUGAGUGGUAUGAGCCCGACCUUUGUAAGUUUUCUAUACCUCUUCCUGCGGAUGUGUUCUGUUAUGUUAAAGAUAUGCAAUUUGGGACCAUUGUUGACCGUGAAGACUUGAGUCAAUUUCUUGAGGGUGAUUCUGUUGAUAUGUCUAUUAUUCAGAUCUUUAUGCUUUGUUUAAAUGCUAAAUCGAUUGAGCUUGGUCGUGAUGAUGUGGGUCUUUUGUGUCCUCAUAUUUGUUCUUUUGGAUAUUAUGAAGUCGAUAGAAAAGGCACACUGACUUACAUGAAGCAUGCUCUGAUUGAAUUCUUUGAGAAAAAUUUCAUUAUGUUGGCAUAUAAUGAAGGGUAUCACUGGAUUGUGAUUGUAAUUUGUCCAAAGGUUGAUAGAGGCUAUAUCUUCAAUUCAUUGCCAAGUUCAUCCCAUAUUGCUAUUCAAAACGACUUGACGAUGAUGUAUAGAGUUGCUUCCACACAAAAGGGUCGAGGCAAAUCAAUUAAGUGGCAUGACAUCAAGGUUUGGAAUUCAAGAACUCAACCAUAUUCGAAGGAAGAGUUUGAUGAAAUCAGAAAUGUGUGGGCUAGAUUUUUUGUAGAUGACAUUAUGAAUAUGUAGGAUUUGUAGAAAUUUGAAGAUGUUAAUGUAAUUUUUUAUUGUGUUGGAAUAUUUGAACUUUUAUGGAGUUGAAUUCUGAUUGUACGUUUAAUACGGAGUUUAUGAAUGAAUGUGCAUAAUGUCUUUCAAGCGUUUUGUAAAUAAAGCAGGAUAUUUGAUAAUUAAAA